GCUGGAAUUCAAGCAGUUGAUGUACAUCUCUGCAGGACACGGAGAGAGAGAGAGAGAGAGAGAGAGAGAGAGAGAGAGAGAGAGAGAGAGAGAAAUCACAGGCUGAGGGAAUCCGCACCCAUCCAGGGAGAUUAAAGAAAGCAGUGCGUUUGUGCGCAUUUUUCCGUUGUGCGCUUCCUCGGACUUGCGCGUAAAGACAAUCAAUGAAGGAGAGAAGAUCUAUACAGAAACUGUCUCUUCAGCCUGGAAUGGAUCCUAGUCAGAGCCUCAAAUGUAAGAUCGUGGUCGUGGGGGACAGUCAGUGUGGGAAAACCGCUCUUCUCCACGUUUUUGCCAAGGACUGUUUCCCAGAGAAUUACGUACCCACUGUGUUUGAGAAUUACACAGCAAGUUUUGAGAUUGACAAGCAGCGAAUAGAGCUCAGCCUGUGGGACACCUCAGGCUCUCCGUAUUAUGACAACGUUAGGCCGCUUUCAUAUCCAGACUCAGACGCCGUCAUCAUAUGCUUUGACAUCAGCCGACCAGAGACCCUGGACAGUGUCCUAAAGAAGUGGAAAGGGGAGAUCCAGGAAUUCUGUCCCAGCACAAAGAUGCUGCUCGUCGGAUGCAAGUCAGACCUUAGAACAGACCUCACAACUUUGGUGGAGCUCUCUAAUCACAGACAGACGCCGGUGUCAUAUGAUCAGGGUUCAGCUAUGGCUAAGCAGAUAUCCGCACCUUAUAUCGAAUGCUCCGCAGUGCAGUCCGAAAACAGCGUGCGGGACAUUUUCCAUGUCGCAACAUUGGCCUGUGUAAAUAAGAACAACAAAAACAUCAAGCGCAACAAAUCGGCACGCUCCACCAAGCGUAUCUCGCAUAUGCCCAGUCGACCAGACCUAGCUGCCGUUGCAACAGACCUACGCAAAGACAAAGCAAAGAGUUGCACAGUAAUGUAAUGCAAGGAGUUCGGGGGAAAAGAUUAAUUCUGGGAAACGGUGAGGGUGGACUGUGGAAGCAAGAAAGGUCUGGAAUUGCCUCCAAAGAGAGCAGGACUGUUUGCUUGAUGUGCCUGAAGAUCUCUCCGGUUUGAGGGAUCCACUUGUUGCCAUCUUGUUGCAAGAACUCGACAAGCUUGUGGACGUAAACCCAUAUUAAGGCCCCAACCACCUCUCCUAAACUUCUCUACUCAGCAGGAGGACAUCACCACCCUCUCGGCCAAUGUGAGGCCUUCCUUCCUGCUCCUGGACGUGAAUCUGCUUCCUCUCUGAGGAUUCCUUCUGGAAGCUUCUCCUGCAGGAAAGGAAGGAGGAAGUAGAAUCACAUAACCAUUGAGUCCAGAGUUCCGCUGACCUUUGGCUCAGAGCUAUUUUUAAAAGAUGCACGUUUCGGUUGGUAUUAACAGUCGCAUGAAGGAACAGUAUAGGGAGAGAUGACUUCCAAAAUGGCGAAAUUUUGGAAAAGGAGUCUUUUUUGAGUCUGCUCAGCUAAACGAGGAUAUGAAAUGAGAGUGUAUCAUUGUGUUACGGAUCAAUUUCUCCUUCUAUCUUCCUCGGUCUGUAUUGUUCCUUCUGUAGACCAUGAGCACGAGUUUGUGUGUGUGCGUGUGGUUUUCGUUUUCUUAUGCUAAGCUCAGCUAAAACUGUCAGCAUGGAUACCCCGCUGGUAUAUUUGAAAUCGCACCAUUUUCUGUACAACUCCUCAUAAUCACUUUAUGGUUCAUUAGGAUUCAGAAAAAGAAAAACCAAAGAACUGGAAGGUUUUCAUGUCGGAUGACGCAAUGUUUGACAUUCUGAAGUGCGUGAUGGAUGUGUAUUUGAGGGCUUUUGGUGGAUCAAUGAGAAUUUCUUUCAUGGUUCUGUAAGAACAUGUUUCUGCUUGUCUUUACAGACUGGGUAUAUGGAAGUGCAAAUACGACCUUUGAGAAUUGACCUGACCAUUUAGUAUUAAUUUGCGCAUGGUUUAUCCCUGAAGGGGCAUUCACACUGACAAAGCAUCUGGAAGUCAUUAAUUUGCAACGAGGGCUGGUGAUUUGAGGCAGGACUGUUUAGAGUUUAACUUUAUUCAAAUCUGGAACAUUCCUUAGGGUGGGACCCUUAAAAAACACUAUGUAAUGGCCAAAGAUGUCUCGGUGUAGCAGUAUCUGGCUAACAACUAAUGCACAGUACACUGUAAGCAUGUUAAUUUAAGCACUACUGCUAAAAAUAUCAUGAAUGUGAAAUACAAAAUCGAGCUAAACUAAUUACACUGACUAAACAACAAGUCAGUUUUCAGACAUCUGAUCAUUGUGGCCAAUCCCUAAUAUGAGCAAACUAUUAGAAACCAAGAGUAUAGAGAGUUUGUGACACCUAGCGAUUUAAUUUCUGUUUGUGUGAAUGCCGCAUUAGAAUAACGCCACUACUGGAGUAACAAAUGAUUGAUUAACAAUAGUAAAAUAGCACAAACUAGCUUUUCAUUUUAUAUCAUUAUCGGUAAAAUGUUACAUUAAUAUUUGUGCCUUUUUCUGACAUAUGUAGGAAAUGUUGUUUAAGCACAAUUCUUGAAAUAAUUUAUAAACAAUCAAACAUCAAAUUCAAGGUCGAAUUAAAUCUGCGCUUCUGUCUGCCCGAAAAAGAAAACAAGAAAAGAAUUCAUUCCUCUCUCCACUAAACUAUGCAGUCUGCUUCUGACACAUACGAGAGGAUUGAGAACAAUUAUUAUUUCACAUCCUUUCUCUUUCAAAACAAAAAUUGCCUUGCAGAGCCGUGGGAAAAAAUGAGUCUCACCUGUGUAGUGCUAAAUUUUCUCAAAACAAAAUCUUCAGAAGUUUGAAGCUAGCUGCAAAGUCUCUUUUGCUGCAUGUUUGUAGUUGCACUUUUCGUUAAAACUUGCGCAAAACAAACAAAAACUGUCUUUUUUACAUCCGUUUUUAUUGUUUUACUGGGUCCAAGAGAAUUUCUUUGACUGUGUCACAAAAUUUUGUUUUCAUAGGCAGUAUUAAAAAAAUUUGGUGUGUGUAAAUGUUGAGAGAUGUGUAGGUGCUGUUAAAAAAACAAAAUGUUUCCUAAUGUAGAAUGUCUGUAAUUUUUGUAUGCCUUCUGUGUGUUGAGGCCCAUUUAUGUCUGUUUUUGUUGAUGUUGCCAUAAUAUUUAUUGAAUUAUAUAUUUUUUUCCCUUAAAAAUAAAUGAAAAAAAUAAAUA